UCAACACCAAAGAGGAGCCACCAGCCGCUGGUAGAAGUUGCUGCGGCUUCUGCGAAGAAGAAGAUGGCUACGACUUGACAGUUCGAGCGGCAGGAGCUCGACCUCCAGAGCAGCUCCAGCGGUGAAAAACUCAUGCUGCCCAGCGGGGCGACUGCGAGGGCGACAAGAGCACGACGAGAGAAGAUGAUGGUGCCGUCGCUUCUCUUCGCCAGCUUGGGCGCAGUAGCGCCGUGGUUUUUCUUCUUCACAAAUCUCGUGAUUAUCGGAGUAGAUGCUGUCACCGUACAACAGCAACGAGCUUCGGUUGCAGCGGGAACAGGUGCGGGCAGAAGUACGUCUGCAGCUCUGUUGGAGAAGCGCCGUCGUGGAGCUCGUAGGGGAACGAGUCGAACGACGAAGUUCUCUAUGCGGGGAAAAUACAAUCGCAGAAAGACCACUAGAACGAACUUCAUUUCCCAGAAGGAGGCCCUGCUGCAAGUCCCGCACCACCUGCGACAGGAAUUUGCUUUACUGCAGGAACAAGACCAGCAUAGCCAUGCAGGGACCAACAUCAAGACCUCCCACAAGAGUAGAAAAGCAGCCUCUACUUCUUCUGCUGCGACGGCAGAAAUAAGAAACGCGAACAAAAUUCUCGAACUGAAUAAGCUUUACUCCAAGCACUUCGCUCAGCUCGACGAAACCAUUCUUUCCUGCAACGAGAAAAAGCUCAACCUCCAAUCGAAGUUGAAGGAGGAGAGUGAAAAAUUGAAACAAAAACAGCAGCAAUCAACCCAGCAAUUGAGAAACAAAGACCUCCUCUACAAGACCGUCCAAGAGUUACAAGAUAAUAUGCGGAUUUCCGUGAACGAGAUCGAGAAGCAAAAGCAGCUGUGUGAGAAGCAAGCGAGUAGCAGAAAUGGAGAAAUAUUGGCUUUAUCCCAGGACGAGCAGUUGGUCGGGAAGUUUCAACCUGACUACAGUACUUGCGACAAAACAGUCUCUUCACCGCCGAAACUUUUGGAGUGCACGUUACCCGACGGGUCACUGUUCUUCACUUUCGCGAAUGGGACGCUGCAUAAUAGCAUGCAUUGCAAAUAUGUCUGGGUCUGGAAGGAUGUAACUUGUGAUGCUGCAUUUGCAUGCUACAAAAAUCUGUGUUGCAUGAAUAGCAAAAGAGGUCCAGUUUUUGCCAUGGCGAGAGGGCAUUUCUCAUGCGGUAUAGGCAUCAGGAAGCCCUCGCAAAACUAGUGAUGCUAGGUCAUGCAUCACAGACGUCAGGAAUCAUGCAAAAUGUGCAUGACAAACCUUGCAGCCUUCCAGAGUCAGACAUUUUUGCAUUUGAUAAAUAAUUUUGUCAGGAAAUUCGCAUCUAAAACCAGCAAAGAGCUGCUCUCCUUGAACUUGAUGCGGAUUCUGUACAGCAGCGAGGGGGCGAUGCCGGGGGACUCGGCGCUGUUGCAGAUUUCAACAUCUGGGCAAAAUGGAAAGAACUUGAUGUUCACGACAAGAGGUGGUCACGAUCAACAACAUUCUAGUAAGAAGAUAAAACCGCACUUCCUCCUCCAAAACACGACGAAUUACAACGUGUCGGAGAUUUUAACAGCAGAGGAGAUCAACGACGGCGUGAAGUGUGCGAAGCAUGCGAAACAGUUGAAAGGUCAAGACUGCGGGUUAUACCAGGAUUUGAUCGCCACUUUCGAAGAUUCCGUCCGCGACAGUAAGAUCACUGCGAAGCAAGAAUUGGUGAAAGAAACCGAGAAAUAUCCACGAAAAAACACCCAUCCCCAUCCAAUUUGUUAUGCAAAACAAGCAUAAUUAUGAUUUGCAGUGUUUCUCAUGCAAAAAAUGGAUGGGGAUGGGUUCUUUUCCUGGAUAAGAAAUGCGACAAAGCCACCAAGGAUUUCGAAGUUUUGUCCUCUGGAAACAAGGCGAAAUUACUGCAGCUGCAAGCGGAAUUGCAGGAAUCCGUACAGUAUUUGCAGCAGUACGUCUUCGAGGCGGGGAAGCAGAAAACCACGUUUGAGGCAGUGUCAAAAGACAUUGCGGCGGAGGUUUUGAGCUGCGAAAAUUCCAUCAACGCGGAAAAACAGUCGCUGGAGGGGCUGAAGAUGUUGUACAAAACAGCUACCAACUCUGCCGGUGGUGCUGGGUCUUCUAGUACGACCUCAACAUCAGGGUCAACCUCAACAGCAGCCGCAAACAACAGCACUCCUGUGCAGUUCAUGGGAAACUGCGAAGUUUCUCCGUUCGUCGCGGACACCCCCUGCGUUUGCACCGUCGGGAAGGACGGGGUGGUGAAGGGAAAGCAGACGCUUAGUCGCGAAAUUGUGAACGUGGAUUUUUCUGUGGCGGGUAACAAGAAUUUCAACAAGGCCAGUUCCUGUCCGCCGCUGAAGUUAGUCGACCGGAGUUGCGAUUGCAGCAGCGGGAGUUCAAGUUCUUCAGCAGGACAAGCACCGUCCUCCUCAUCUUCCUGCCGCCCCUCCAAGUGGUCGGAAUGGUCAGAGUGCACGCAGCAGUGCGGCACAGGCUUGCAAUCGCGAACCCGGACGUUGCCGACAGGUUCGUCCUGUACUAGCGGUGGAUCCGCUUUCCUACAGGACCUGAACACGGUGGAGGAGCAGGAGUGCAACACCCAUCCGUGCGACUUGAACUGCGAAUUGAGCGAGUGGACCGCCUGGUCCGGAUGCACCAAGCAGUGUCGCACCGGGCACCAAGUGCGCAGACGGGAACACGUUUUGCAGCAGGCCCUCGGUGACAACGGGAAGUGCUGGAAGAAAAACUCGAAACAACGGCUGGAACUGCAGGUCUGCAACACCAACGCAGAUUGCGUUGGCGCUUCUGGGGUGAAGCAGGCCGUGCCGAGUUGUAGUGAAAACAAACUUUCUGCGUCGAAUUUGCUGUUUUUGGUCGACGGAUCCGGGUCAAUGCAAGUGCAGCAGAAGUCCACUGGUGGUGGAUCAGCAGGAGCUACAACAUCCCAAACGACCAUCCUUCAAGACGUGCAAACGUUUCUUCUCUCCUUCGCGAAACGCAUGAACUUUUUUCCGACCAGUGGUGUCACGAAGAACAAAAUCGGGCUGAUCACCUUCGCGGACAGAGCAGAGAAGAUCAGCUUGGCGCAGGUAAAUGAGCAGCAGGUAGUGCAGGAAGCGGAUUUGAAGAGCGCAAUCGUGGAGAAAUUGCCGAAAAGUUUACUGAACGCCGGACACAGCACCAAUUUAGCCGCGGCAUUGUCUCUGGCGACGAAUGAGCUAAGCUGUGGUGCCAGUACAACUUCUUCGUCAUCCUCCUCUGUCGGUGAGUUUUGCCAAAACCGAGAAUCGUCAACCUCCACCACUGCUAUUCCGACGGUGUUUAUCAUCACAGACGGUAUGCCGAGGUCCAAGUACUUAGCGACCAUGGAGAUGCAGAAGCUGGGGAAAAUCGCGCGGGUGUUUUUUCUCACGAUUGGGAAUUCGCUGAAUAAAAAGGUUCUGAAGAAUUUUGCGACCUUUCCAAGUUCGGAAAAUUUCUACCACGUAUUGGAGAGCGCGAAAUUGAAAGAGGUGGAAACCGUCACGGAUAUCAUGGCGAAUUUCUGUACGAAGUUUGCAUAAACGGUUGUAAGCAGUUCAUCGAAGAGCCACUGCUUGGUUUUAUUGUUGUUUUCCACUCAUAGCUUCCACCAGUCUAGAGGAACGAAUUUUCUUUUCCACAAAUAGCCACGAAUUGGAUUUGCAGCAACACUUAGUUACAGCACAUUGGGCGCCACGCUGCCUUGAAGAAGCAGGUGCUGUGUCGUACAUGCAGCUCACUAAGUGCAACGGUUUUGGUGCACCUGUUCUGUUAGGUAAUUUUCGUCGUGGGACCACG